CAUUUGGUGGCCACCAGUCUUCUUCGCGCGACAAAGGAAAUACCAGCGAAGCAGAUCACGCUGUCGUCGUCGUAAAGCGGGCGACCAAUUGGCCAGAGAAGAGAGGAUCUGGUACUGGACUAGACCUACGGAACACUCCUCGCAGAGCAACGACUAUCCAAGGGUAGUCGUCUCCAAUCGGUCGAUUUUUUUAAAGUAGGAAGCACGUUCGCUGCACCUUUUUCACCAUGGCUCGUGACAGGCUGGCGGCCAUGAGGGCGCAACAGAGCGGCGGAGGCGGUGCCGGUGGAUAUGGCGGAUACGGAGGCGGUAACCAGGGCUAUGGCGAUCACUCUUACCCUACGCAGCAGCCUGGAGGCUAUGCGCCAUAUGGAGGCGCACAGCAGGGCGGCUACGGAGGAGCAGCACCGGCACCUCAGGCUCCUGCACCCGCGUACAACCAAGGGUACGGCCAGGCCGGUGGCUACAAUGGCUACCAGCAGCAGCCCGCCGGUGGUAACAACGGGUAUGGGUAUGGCGGGCAACCGGGCGGCGGCUACGAUGCUGGUGCAGGCGCCUACGAGAUGCAGGGUGUCGGUGGGGAAAAGGUUGGCGCGGCGCCGGCCGGCGCGCCCAGCAUGGACUCCUUCUUUGCCGAAAUCUCCGACAUCCAGGACACGAUCCGCCAGAUUGACGACAACAUCAACCGCAUCUCGGAUCUGCACUCGCGCAGCCUCAACAACAUGGACGAGGCCUCGUCGCAGCAGGCCCACCAGCAGCUCGCCGGCAUGUCAUCGGAGACGAGCCGGCUGACGAACGCCGUCAAGAACAAGAUCCGGACCCUGGACUCGCAGACGGCGCGCAUGCCCGACGGCGGCGACAAGAACGUCCGCAAGACGCAGAUUGGCGCGCAGAAGAACCGCUUCAAGGAGACGAUCCAGCGCUACACCCAGGUUGAGCAGACGUACCGGAAAAAGUACAGGGACCGGGCCGAGCGCCAGUUCCGCAUCGUCAAGCCCGAUGCGACGCCCCAGGAGGUCAAGGCGGCCAUCGACGACGACCAAGGGCAACAGAUCUUCUCGCAGGCGCUCCUCAACUCGAACCGGCACGGCGAGGCACGCGGUGCCCUGCGCGAGGUGCAGGAGAGGCACGAGGACAUCAAGAAAAUCGAAAAGACGCUCGUCGAGCUCGCCCAGCUGUUCCAGGAGAUUGACAUUCUCAUCACCGAGCAGGGCGAGACGAUCGACGUUGUUGAGCAGCACGCUACGGCCGUUGAGAACGACAUGGACCAGGGCCUGCAGGCAACGAACAAGGCAGUCAAGUCGGCCGCCGCGGCCCGUCGCAAGAGAAAGUGGUGCUUCAUCAUCAUUGUCAUCAUCAUCAUCAUCGUCGCUGUCAUCAUCGUCGGCAUCAUUUGCGGCAAGGGCGACUGCACCGGUGGCAACAAAAACAACAACAACAACGCUCGCCGUUCGCUACUCGACGACGAGGAGCCUCUCCUCUACGUCUCGCGCGGCAUGCUCACCACCUUUGCCGACGACUGGACUCGCGGAAGCAUGCGGCGAGACUUUGUCCUCGACGCACCCGACGAGGCAUGAGCAUCAUAGACGGUUGUUUUCUGCUCUUUCCUCUCCCACCCUUUCUCAGUAUAUCUUUCCUUCUUUCUCCUCUUCUUCUUCUUUCUGGCCUCCUUACCCUCUUAUUUCUCCGCUUCCCCCACUCAAUUAUCCUCCAAUCACGCUCGCUACCAGCUCAGUCUGCAUUGGUACCUCUCUUCCUCCGACAGUAAGG